UUUUCUUUUUGUUUGUGCGUGUUGUGGCACACGAAAGGAAGGAAGCGCUUCCUGACAAUGGAGACGUGCGUCUUAUUUCCACUCCGGUGAUCGACUGCGCACGGCUUUUCCACCGCCCGGAUCUAAGGGGGGGAGGGUGUGCGCGGGGAGGGGGGGACAUAUUGACGCAUUGUGGAGUCGACGGUGUGUGCGGAGGGGAAGGGAGGCGGGGGGGAGCGCGUAGGGGGGCCAGCACUGCAAAAGCCCGGCUUCGCGACACGACGGAAGGUAACGCUAUCUGCCGGUGGAACCGCGAUGGCCGUGGUGCAGCUCGACGCGGAGGACCGCCAACCCGAGAACGGCUUCGUGUCCCCCGAAACCGCGUCGCAGGAGCUGCUGACGCGCAUCGACGGCUCCGUGCUGCCGUUCCUCGGGGGAUUUGGGAGCCGAACAACACAUGCAUCCAGCCGCUGGCCAACCUGACUAAUUACACCGCCGGCCGCUCCUCGUGGUCGGACGGUCCCCCAAACGGCAGCAACGGCGCGCGGCCGGCUCCGUUUUAUGACGAUGGAAGUUACGGCACCCACAAUGACACGUCCGGCAUGCAGUGCGGCUGCAGCGAGUGGUCCUUCGAGCUGCACACGGGACUGGCACAGAACGUGGUCACAAAGUGGAGUCUCGUCUGUGACUCGGCAUGGAAAGUCCACAUCGCAAAGUUUUCCCUCCUGGUGGGAUCCAUCUUUGGAUACCUGACGUUUGGCAUCCUUGCUGACUGGUUUGGCCGCCACCCGGUGCUGAUCAUGUCGGUGCUGUUCAUGCUGGUGUUCGGUCUGGCUGUGGCCUUCUCUGUCAACGUCCCCAUGUUCAGCACGCUGCGCUUCUUUGAGGGCUUCUGUCUGGCAGGGAUCACACUGUCCCUCUACGUCCUGAGGAUCGAGCUGUGUCUUCCAGGGUGGCGCUUUUCCAUGACCAUGGUGGCCAGUUUUGUGCUGUUGGGCGGUCAGCUGCUGAUGCCCUUAGUGGCCUACCUCUGUCGCGAUUGGCAGGUACUCCAGGUUGUCAUCAUCUGCCCCUUGCUGCUGAUGCUGUCCUACAUCUGGAUCUUCCCUGAGUCACUGCGUUGGCUGCUGGCCACUCAGCAGUACUGCCGCUCCAGAUGGAUCAUGGGACACAUAGCAAAGAAAAACCAAGUGAACUUGGAUCAUGACACCGAAAAUAUCCUCACAGAACUGCAAAGCGCUCUUCUAAAGAAACACAAGAAGACGUGCAUCGUGAAAAUGGUCGGGACGAGAAACCUGUGGAAGAACAUCGUGGUGCUCUGCGUCAACUCGCUUACCGGCUACGGGAUCCACCACUGCUUCGCUCGCAGCAUGAUGGACCCCGAGGCUCAGGAGACCACCAUGUUCCACAACUUCUAUGCAGACUAUUACACCAUGGCGGGCAUCGCGGUGGCGUCCUGCAUGGCGCUCUGCCCGGCGGUGGGCCUGAUGGGCCGGAGGGGGGGUCUUCUGAUGUUCAUGAUCAUCACUGCGCUGGCGUCACUGCUGCAGCUGGGCCUGCUCAACUUGCUGGGGAAGUACAGUGACCAUCUGAACAUAGAUAACUCGGGUACGCUGAAUAAGAAUUUCUCUGUCGCCUUCUCCAUCAUCGGCAUGUUCUCCUCCCACGCAGUCAGCAACCUGAGCAUCUUCUUCUGUGCUGAGAUCACGCCCACUGUGAUCAGGGGUGGCGGGCUGGGCCUGGUCCUCGCCAGCGCUGGCUUCGGCAUGCUGACCGCGCCCAUCAUGGAGCUGCACAACCAGAAGGGCUAUUUCCUCCACCACAUUAUCUUUGCCUGCUGCACUCUCAUCUGCAUCAUCUGCAUUCUCCUGCUCCCCGAGACGCGCUACCAGCCCCUGCCCGAGACCCUCGCCGAUGGCGAGAGCUACACCCGUCAGCCCCUCCUUCCCCCGCGGAAACCCGGAGAACAGCGCCUCUUGCUGCCCCAGUCCGAGAGCAGCCGGGACUACACCCGGGUGCACGACACGCCGCUCCACGAGGCAGCCGCCACCGCCGUGUCCACGAUGGGCUCCACCGCCUCGUCGGCUGUCGACUUGACCGCUCAGUCCGCGGGGGACGUGUCCGCCCCGGCGUUCAUGGAGGUGUACGCCGGCAAGCCUCAGCCGAAGGACCCCAACGGCCACCCAGUCUCGGCGCUAUCCGCGACCGCCGUCCACGGCAGUAAAGAGCAGCUAGCGCCUUCCACGCCUUUGCGCCACCUCCCGUGCGUCACAGACCCGCUUUUAACCGACGCCGAAGAGCCCGGCGCCACAGUCCUGGAUUCUGAUGUGCUACCGACGGAUCCUGCUGGUCUCGAGAUGAAAAACCUCAGUCCUUCCACGGCGAAAGAGUCCGCCGCUUCCCCCUCCCCCACAUUGGAGCGCCUCCCUCCCCCCGUCCCUCCAGCUGCGCCGGCCUCCUUGUUGAUCUGCACCACACCCAUCAUUGAACCCCCGCCCAGCGCCGCGCUAGAGUCCCCCAGCCUGGAGGGGAAUGAGGUCGACAAUAUCGCCCUGAAAUUCGACCCCCCGUUGCCAGAGGUCACAGGUGACGCUGUAGAGGACUCCCCUACUCCAUCUUUGCACGGCACCCCCCCUCCAUCCCCGAGCCCCUCUCCCGUCCCCUUGGCCGAUGACAGCCUUUGCAGUGACCCCCCCCCCUCCAGUGGUGUUCACUUGGACAAUCCCGUCAAGUUAGAAAUAGUAGAAGAACCUCCAUCUACUACUCCCUCCCCUAGAGACUCCCCCGUACCUCCUGUCCCAGAGCCUCAACCCCCCCCACAGAUGGACCCCGCCCCUCCCUGCGUCAUUGACACAACUCCUUGUAUCCCUACCUCCCCUGACACCGCCACAGUUUCCCCUUCACCCGCUCCUCCACCCGUCGACUCUGGCCACACGCCCCCCGAGGCCUCGUCCGACCCCCCCGUGAUGGACGCUGUCAGCGUAACGGCACUUAUUCCCACCGUCCUCCCCGUCACGGACCUUGUGCCCCCCUCCGCUCCAGAGUCUCCCACUCUGACUGUGCCGCCCGCACAGGAUUCAGCUUCCUCCCCCUGCCUGGACUCGCCGCCAACCUCCAUCUCUGCAGAGGCAACGGCCUCCUCGCUAAUGGACUGCACCGUCUCCUCCCCCAUAGACUCUGGUGUCCUCUUCUUCAGGGACAGUGCCACCACAGAAAACCACACUGUCAGCGGCGUGUCAUCGUUAUGAUCCAACGUUGCAGAAGAAAGCGAGAACGGGGCCACGAACGUGUCCGACUCGGACUUGAAGAUGGCCCCACCCGGUGUUGAGUAGACAUGUAUUACAGAGAUUCCAUGUUUCUCAAUGACACCCCCCCACCCCCCUUCCUGUAUUUAGCCAAUAAAUGAGACCACUCAUGUGAGAGUGAGGCAAAGGUUGUUUUUGUGACAAUGUGACAGUAUCUUCUGCUCUUUUUGAAUGUCACUGGAAAUCACCAGCCUUCAAACUACUUAAAUGUAAAUGAAUGGAAAAUCACUGUCUGUCAUUUUCAAGACUUACAACUACCCACAAUCACGAAGAGGACUGGGGAGACAUAAACAACAACAAAAAUCACUGGUACUUUUGCUGAUGUUAAAUGUCCAUAUUUGCAUAAAAAUAUUGCCUUACUUGUACGGACAAAGAAAUCUGAAUGUUGAAACAUUUUUUUGAAAUUACAGAGGUAAAAUUGAAAUUUGAGGGAUUUUUUUCUGAUUACAAUGCCAAAAACUACUCCGACCAAAAUGAAAUGUAGACAUAGUGCCAAAAAACUAGUUAAAGUACAGUAUUUGCCUGCUUGGGGAUCUACUGUUAAAUGCAGUUUCCUGCCAAAGACUGUUUGCGUAUUUAAGUGAAUCCGAUUCCCCUUUUCAAAGUUCACAAAAUUGUUCAUCAAAUGAUUAAAAGACUAAAAGCUAUAUUAUUUGAAUUAGAUUUGAGGGAUGUGAUUGCAAAAUAGCUUUCACCAACGCUCGGUUCAUUGAACAGCCAUAUGGGAGAAAAGAAUGACCCGUAUUUUGUCGAGCUGAAGAUACAUUUAUUUUUCCAAUCGUGAUGGAAUUUAGGGGAUGCAUAUACUUUUAUCUGUAAAUGUGAUAUUGUAAGUAAAUGCAUAAUUAGUUGUUGAGCUUGAUUCAGUCUUUUAAAAAAAGUAUUAUUUUGAAUAAUCUCCCAUGGCGUGCCCUUAUUGUACAAAGCUAUACUACAUUCUUACAGUAUUUGUGGUACCUUUAUUGUGGUUCCACCAUAUUCUUUGCAGUUGGGGCAAAGCAUGAAAAUAAUUGUAAACGUAUCAGUAAAAAAAAAAAAAAAACCUUAAAAGCAAACCUUAAAAAGACACAAAAGGUAUUUUUGAAAUAAAAGCGACAGAUGACAAUGUUUGAUACGACUGCCAACUUUCAAAGCAUCGCUAACUUUCAGUGUUUUCUAAAUCAUUACAUAGUUCAUGUAUGUUAAUGUGUUCACAAAGUCACAUGCACAAGGAAGUAAAAGCAAAAUGAUUCCAUGCAGCUCAAAUCUUUAUUCAUAGCUGGAUAAACCGAUUCAUUUUCAAAUGACAAACGCUGUCCAGCUGUGGAUAGCGUUAUACUUGACUUGACCUGUGGGUAACUUGACAGUUGUAGCUACACACUUCAUGCUUUUGAGGUUCUAAUAUUCAGAUAGUCAGAGAAAGAUGUAUGAUUAUGAAUAGAUCACUGUUUACAACCACAACAAUAAUAAUGAUAAUUACUCUUUACUGUAAUACUUGAGGCAACAGUCUUGUUUUUCAUAUGUGAUGAAACACUCAAACAUUUACCCCGGGAGUAACCGUGAUCUAAUAAUGUGUGUUUUUCUCCAGUUGUACAAGGAGAGGUUCUUUGCUCAUCAAUAUCCUCUUGUUUUCAUCUCAUAUUUAAAUGUGCUCUAAAACAAAAGACAAACAAAAGGCUCUGAACGUUUUUAGGCAACUGAAUGAACGAGAAACUAGUUUGUGUUUCUUGAUUUUUCCGAUUUUUUUUCCACAAAUGCAGCUUUAAUCAACAUUUGGAAGCAAUAUUUUUAAGUCGAUUAAUUGGUUUUCAAUAGAUAUUUAAGUCAAGAAACGUCAAUUCAGUGAAAGAUUCAUCUAAACAUUUAACAUGCCAUGCUGCUAAACCUCAAAGCACAAUGCCCUGCAAUCAUGUGAUGUCCAAUUUGGCUUAGCUUCUUUUCAGUACAAAUAAAUAUAUAAAGUGAAAUGGAUUGGUAUUGUGAAUACGUACAUUACAAAUAACACAUUCACCUUUGCAAUAGACCCAGGUGUAAUCUACGUUGUGGAACACGGCAGUGACCCUGGUUUUUAAAUGAUCAAUUCUUGCCUCGUGCAGUAAAGGGUGGGUUGACUGCAGUGUUCAGCAGCUACACGAGUCCUCGCCGUCUGAUUGUCGGUCUCUGUCUCAGUGUGCGUAUUGCAGAAAUAAAUCUGGUGUAUUGCCAAUAGCCCGUGCUACACCCGGUAAAGACACUGAAACACAACAGACCCGUGUCUUUGCUACAAUCAGUUGCUUCCAUUUUUCACAACUCGCAUGCAGCUGUUUCACGGUGCUGAUGGGAGAAAGUUGUCACCAGGCUUAUGGUGGACUAUGUCACCGGGGUAAAGGCAAAAAUAUAAGAAUGCGUUAUGCCUUUGUAAAUAUUAAGUGUGUGGAAAAAGCCCAGUGUUGAUAAGAUGAAGGAUCAUAGAUCUUAACAUGGACUGAUGAAUCAUUUUGAACUUUGAUAAAACUCUCAGAGACAUGCGGUGUACACAGUUCAGGUUUGGCUUCUCUCUACCGUGCACUCACAAUCUCCUCAUGGGAGGUUUGAAUGAAUGUAAAAACCAUGGAUUGUACCAUUUAUCAUUUCUGAUUGUUUGGUUCUAUUUUGUUUUAACACAUACAUGCAGUUGUAAAUAAGCCAUACCUGUUGUUAAAAUAAACCACUAUUUAUUGAUCAACUAUG